CACGACUGUCAAUAACAGAGACCUCAGCUGUCAGCAAUCCAUCUCCAUUCGACUCUGUAGACUAGUAGUCAUCCAGUCUUGACGUUUGCUCGCUUGCCCAAAUACUGAAUCAUCGACAUGGCAGCCUCACGAGUCUCGCAGAUCGUGUCCCAGUUGAACCCUCUGGCCAGCCCAGUGGACAAGAUCACUCAAAAGAACCCCGACGAUGUGGUCAUUACACUUGCUCUCCGUACGCCUCUCACCAAAGCUGGUCGUGGUGCCAUGAAAGACACAACCCUGGACGGCAUGGUGUUCAAGCUGCUCGAGCAAGUAAAUGCCCAGUCCAAGCUUGACCCCAAGCACGUGGAAGACAUCUGUCUGGGUAACGUCCGUGAAGGUAGCGCUGCCUACUACGUGCGUGCUGCGGCCCUCGCCGCCGGCUAUCCAAACACCUGUGCUGCGUCUGCAAGUGCUCGAUUCUGCUCGUCUGGUCUUACCGCCACUCAACAUAUUGCCACCUCCAUCCAAGCCGGCAUCAUCGACUGCGGCAUUGCCAUUGGAGCCGAGCUGCUCAGCGACAACAGGCCGCGCUUGGAGCGUCCCUUCGUUGAUGAAAUCAUGGGCAACUCGGAAGCUCGUGAUUGCAUGAUUCCUAUGGGCGGCACAUCGGAAAUCGUCGCUAAGGAAUUCAACGUUACCCGCGAGAAGCAAGACGAAUACGCAGCCGAAUCUUACCGCCGUGCUGAAGCUGCCGACAAAGCCGGACUUUUCCAAGACGAGCUGGUUCCCAUUACCGUCAUCAAGGACGGCAAGGAGACCAGAAUCGAGAAGGAUGAGAUCCGCUACGGCACGACCUACGAGAAGAUUGCCAAGCUUCCUGGCGCAUUCAAGGACUACGGCGACCGCAGCACAGCAGGUAACAGCUCCCAAGUGACCGAUGGCGCCGCAGCAGUCAUUCUCAUGCGCAGAUCGAAAGCUCUCGAGCUCGGCCAGCCGAUUCUGGCCAAGUAUGUCGGAACUGCUCUCGCAGGUCUGCCACCAAGGAUCAUGGGAAUUGGUCCAUCUCUCGCGAUCCCAAAGUUGCUGUCCAAGUAUAACCUGGACUUGCACAAGGACAUUGACCUAAUUGAGAUUAACGAGGCUUUUGCUUCAAUGGCCGUGUACUGUCGCGACAAGCUAGAGCUGGACUGGAGCAAGAUGAAUCCUCGCGGUGGAGCCAUCGCACUGGGACAUCCAUUCGGUAUGACUGGUGUGCGACAAAUUGUGACGAUCUUGAGCGAGGCGAGGAGGCAGAAGAAGAAGGUCUGUUUGACGAGCAUGUGUUUGGGUACCGGAAUGGGCAUGGCAGGAUUGUUCGUGAACGAACAGCUUGAUGGACCAGAGUCGAGUCCGACUGCUGAAGGCCGGAACGCAACUGCUCCAGGUAUCAUGAGAUGAUGAUCAAGUACUAAGUUAGGGAAAGGAAAAGUUUAGCAGCCAAACAUGCGGAAAGAUAAAUGUAUGCCAGCUUUUGACCCCAA